GGAAGUACGUUGCCUGACCCCGUUGUCUUUUUCCCCAUUUUCCUCACAUGUUUCCUGGGUAUUUUCUUUUUCCGUUAUAAAUCCUUUUGACUGUUGCCCAACAAUAAAACUCGUGAUUUGAUUGACCAAAAUGUUCCUAACACUGAGACUCCUGCGAAAAGGCACCUCUGGAAAACAGUGGAUUGGAAAAUAUCGUCGCCUCAGACCAGUCACGUGGCAGAUGAAACGGAACAUGGUGAAAAAUCUGGAGCGUGAGGCAGAGAACGAGUACUGGAUCAGCCGGCCCUACAUGACCGCAGAGCAGGAAUAUGGACACGCAGUCGAACGCAGGACCCAAAAUUGGCUCACGAUUAAGGAGAGAAGCUUUGUCAACUUUCCUGAACACAAGAGCCUAACAGAGCAUUUGAGUCAUCUCAGGAUCACCAAGACAUGGUCAAAUUAAAAACUUCACAAAUUCUUAUAGAGACUGAAAUUAGUGACAUUAUUAUUUAUGUUUAAGUAUGAAACUGUUUAAUGCCACUUGUAAAAUGGUCAAGAAUGUGCCACUUUGCUUGUCUGAUUAAAACAUUUUUGAAUAA